UUUCAAUUUCGCAAGUAUUAUCCAUCACAUUUCUUCCUUCGUACACUUUGCUAAAAUUGUUCUUUCUCUAGAAAUCUCUAAUUUUCUCAUUGGAGUAGAAGAUAUGGCCGUCGCUCAAGCAACCAAGUCUGUGAAGAAAGCUACUGGUGCGAAGAAAUCCGCCGCUAAAACAUCUCCAUCUCAUCCUCGUUACAUCGAGAUGAUUACAGAGGCUUUGGUUUCGUUGAAGGAGAGAACAGGAUCAAGUUCUUAUGCAAUUGCGAAACACAUCGAAGAACAGCAGAAAGUUAAAGAUCUUCCGCCAAACUUUAAGAAAAUUCUAUACAACCAAUUAAAAAGGUUUGUGGAAUCUGGCAAACUAGUAAAAGUGAAGAAUUCAUUCAAACUACCUCCUGGAGCAUCAAAAAAGUCACCUGCAGCCGUUGAGAAGCCAAAACCUAAAACUAAGCAAGCCGCUGUGAAAGCUAAGAAGCCGAAGAAGGCUGCUACUACAAGUGCAGCCAAGCCGAAAAAGCCAAAGGUCGCCGUGAAGGUUACUAAAUCUAAAUCUCCAGCUAAAAAGGUCGCUCAAGUGAAAGCCAAGAAGCCGAAGAGCAUCAAGUCCCCAAUGAAGAAAGCAACGGCUGUGAAGAAGACUGUGCCGAUGAAGAAAACUAAGAAGAAAAACUAAGGAAAUUUGGAAUUCAAUCUUUUGAAAAUUAGGGUUUUUGGUUUGUAAAUUUGUUUAUAGCUCCCUAUUAGGGCUUUGAUUUCGAGAAGAUUACGAAUGAUGAUAACUGAUUAGUAGUAAUUACAAGAUUUAUUUUAGAUGUUUUAUUUUUAAAUUAUGUUUUUAUUUGGAUACUUUUGACAUCAUUAGUAAGUCGAUAUGCAAUGAAAUUUUAGUUUUACUGA